AUGGUUUCUAAAUUAUUUUUACUUGCUUUUCUUUGUCCAAUUACAUGUCUAGCUGGUGGUUUUAGAAAGUUUGGUGGAAGUGGUGAAGAACUUCAUCAUUUGCAUAGCUAUGGAGGUGGUAGUACCGCUGAUGGUAAUAGUGGUGCGAUUGGUGGUUCAAGUGGUGGUGGUGGUUCAAGUGGUGGUGGUGGUGGAGGAUAUGGUGAAGAGCCUAGUUUUGCGGGCAUGGGUGAAUUUAGACAUGGAAAUGGUGGCGGAGGAUCUAGCAAUGGAGGAGGUGGUUAUGGAGGUUCUGGUGGUGGAGGAAUAGUUGGCAGUUAUGGUCAUGAAAAUGAAGGAUCUGGUGGUGGAGGAAUAGGUGGCGGUUAUGGUGAUGGAAAUGGAGGAUCCGAUAGUAGAGGUACAAGUGGUGGUUAUGGUGGUGGUAAUGGAGGAUCUGGUGGUGAAGUAAUUGGUGGCGGUUAUAGCGAUGAAAAUGGAGUAAUUGGAAGAGAAGGUGAUGUUGGUGUUGGUAUUGGUGUGGGAAGUGGAGGAUAUGGAGGUGGAAAUGGAGAUAAUGGUGAUAUAGGUGAUGCUUACUGUGACAGUGAGGGGAAAUUUUUCAAUCACAUCCCACCAUAA